CUCCUAUAUCUUCCCCUACUCCAUCUCAUUUGUCUUCACCUGUCUCUGUUACUGCGUCUGUUACUACGGCUCAAUCCCCUCUACAGCCUGCUUGGCAACCCCCGUCGUUGGAAGAGUUCUUUGCUGACUUCGAGCGUCGACGACUCCAGCCUGUUCUAUGUAACUGCAGUGACAUUGGCACAGUGAUGAAUUUUUUGGCAGAGACAGGGCAGGAAAACGACCCUACAGAACUAGUUGAAGCAUGGGAUAUGGCUCUCGCGACAAGAGGGGCGUUUGCUUCCUGUACUCCAACAAUGGCAUGGAAUUAUCACUUUGGAGAUAUGGAAGCUUUCUAUGCUGAAAAAUUUGCACAAGUCGCUGCUCAAAAUCCUCUUUUUGGAUCUGGGGAUGUGCAUAGACAGCGUCCUAAGCGUGCUGCAGCAGAGACGGCUUCAAAUGCUUGGAAAGGACUUAGCCCGCGCAAGAGACAGCGACGUUAGUAGAAGAUAGGCUUCAUAAGGAAUAGAUUGAAAC